AUGUCGACUCUAAAGAAGCGCAAGGCCGAACCCAACUUGAACAGGCCUCUAGAUGCUAAGAAAUUGAAACUUAAUCUAGAAUUCCAAGCGGUACGUAAAACCCUAGAGUCAUUUCAAUUUGUGAAGCGUAAGCUUGCUAUCAAGAAGGAAGCUCAUGGGGAAUACAAGAAUAUUAAGGAUACCCUCACCAAGAGCGUAGAGGUUAGGCUAAAAGCCAAAGGAGACACUAAACGUUCCCUCACCACAGAGAAGGCAAACCAUAGCAACACCUACGAGUGCUAUCAUGCUCUCUACUUAAUCUCGUCUCCAGAUAUGAAUAACAUGCACAAAAGCAAUCCGACCGCUUUAAAGCCAUACAGCGAGGACCUUUCUACGACUGAAAUACUUAUCCAGGCUAGGAAUGGUAUAGUGUCGAAGCGUCCAUCUGAAACAGCGUUAACAUACGAAUGUUUCUUAACGCCAGUUAGACUGCUAGUUCAUUUCAUAUUUUCAGUUACAGAGCUCACAAGCUCAUGGGUCACCCAGGUAUGGAGACGGGAUCAAAUACAGGAGCUUGAGCACAAACAUGACAAAACUCCGGUGCUCAAAGACUGCCAGGUCUCCUCUACGCGUCCAUUUCAUCGCAUUGGCAUCGACCUCAUUCAACUCUGCCCCACAGGCCAGCGCUGCUACAAUGGAGAUCUAUACGGCCUUCAUGCAGUAGAUGAGUAUACCUGCUCCACCAUAAAUCGUCCGCCGUACUACUGUGUCUCAUGCCAUUUGGUAUACUCAUCUACUUUGAAUAAGGUCGAUGCCAAUGCGAUGAAAUGGACGCUCUUUGAGCGCCGGAGCUUUGUCAUGUUUGUGCUCAUGCUCCUGUAUUUUGAUCCCUUGUACGCUUUCCUCGAGAUGAUUAACCGUUUCCAGACCUUAAGGCACGAGGAGCUGGAUUUUAUUGCUAGAGGGCAACUACGGGUUUAUAUAGUACUAGGUGAACCCGUCAUGCAUAAUCCUUCAACUCCUCCUUUAUCUCUUCGCCGAGCGCACUCCUCUUACUCCCAUACUCACUCUAACAAGCUCCAAAACCCCGCGAUAGCACCACCAGCAAAGCGCCUAGCAGAGCCAAACAGGACCGAAGCUCCUAGAUGGAAAACCGCAAAGCUCGAUCCAGACAACCUCUUCCAAAAGCAUCGACCGAAGACCAUGGCCUUAGCCCAGAAAAGACUUGCCACUGAGCACUGCGAAAAGCCACUACAAGACAACAGCAAAUCGGAGCUAGUCCGCGCAGAGCAAGAGAAGAGCGGGGUCACAGGCGGUCUCCAAGAAUACUGUUUCGAGAUUAUCUGCGCUCUGAUGAUGAACAAGGUAUCUAAGACAUACAAGGGUGCUGGGAAGACUGAGACAGCUGAGGAGGCGAUUUACAGAGCCACAACAUGUCAAUUGAAGGAGCGGUCCAAUAUGACGAAGACAAACAAUGUAGCACAUGCUACAGCUGACACAGUGGUUUGGCCUUUCUUUGAAGCUGAGUGUGGUAGUAUCCACUGCUUCCGUUGCGAUGUGCCGGUUCUUGUGAGGAUGGCCAGAAGGGAUGACUCGGUGUUUAUCGCAUUUCCGCGGGAUUUGGCGAUCAGCCGAACAGUUUUCAGAGGAAUAUAUCAUGAGAAGUCUAAGAACAGGUCUUCAAUUCAGACCUAG